CUCACCGCACGAACCAUCCUUAUAACUCUGGGCCGGUCCACACUCCACAGUCCAAACCCGUUUCCAAAAUAAACCACCCCAACCGGACCGCAUCGAUCGUUCGCUUCCCACCUCUCAUGCCUUCCUCCCUCCACGAUUCUCUGGUCUCUCCCCACUAGAAAGCUAUAAACGGAAAGGGAAACAAGGUAGUAACUAAAUCAAUUUAAGUAAAACAAGAACCGGAGAAGAGAGAUCCUCUUCCAAUUCCAAAUAAAUAUUUCCAACUGCGGCAGCAGCAGUAAUGGAAACUUUCAAAGAUAAAUGACAGGAUUCCAAAGCGAAUUAGAGGCUUUUCUCUCUUCUCCUGUCACUUUCGCACCCAUGGCUCGCCCCACCCUUCUGGUCCUCUCUGUUCUCCUCCUCGUCCCUUACCAAGCCAAAUCCCGAUCCAUCCCCAAAACCGGCGGCGGCCUUCCGUUAUUAGAAAAGGAGGAAGCAAUUGCCGGAGAAGAGGGAGAAGAAGCGCAGCAGCCGCGGCGGCGGGCGGAGUGCGACGGGCGGUGGAUCCACAUCCGCGACCUCCCGCCGCGGUUCAACACCGACCUCCUCCGAUCCUGCAACGCCUUCCCCCUCUACGACGACGGCGACUUCUGCCCCUAUCUCGCCAACCACGGCCUCGGCCCCCGCACCCACAAUCGCUCCCGGAGUUGGUACCGCACCGACCCUCACAUGCUCGAACCCCUCUUCCACCGCCGCCUCCUCGAGUACCCUUGCCUCACGCCCGACCCUACCCUCGCCGACGCCGUCUUCCUCCCCUACUACGCCUCCCUCGACUCCCUCCCCUUCCUCUACGACCCGGCUCUCUUCAACUCCAGCGACCUCCACGGCCGCGACCUCGCCGAGUUGCUCCGACGCGACCGGCCCGCCGUCUGGGCACGCCGCGGCGGCCACGACCACUUCCUCGUUCUCGCCCGCCCCGCCUGGGACUACUCUCAGGAUCCCGACGCCGAUCCUCGCCUGUGGGGCACCUCCUUCCUCCACCUCCCUGACUUCCUCAACGUCACGGUGCUCGCCCUCGAGGCCCGCCCCUGGCCCUGGCAGGAGCGCGCCAUCCCCCAUCCCACCUCCUUCCACCCGGCCACCCUCGCCCACCUCGACGCCUGGCUGGCCCGCGCCCGCGGCGCCCGCCGCACCAACCUCAUGCUCUUCGCCGGCGGCGGCGGCGGGGGUGGCCCCAACAUCCGUGGGAGCAUCCGGGCCGAGUGCGAGAACCGGACCGACCUCUGCGAGGUGGUCGACUGCUCUGAUGGGGCCUGCGCCCACGACCCGAUCCGGUUCAUGCGGCCGAUGCUCCGGUCCAGCUUCUGCCUCCAGCCACCCGGCGACACGCCAACCCGGCGGUCGACCUUCGACGGGAUCCUGGCGGGGUGCAUCCCGGUGUUCUUCGAGGAGAUCGGUGCGCGGGCGCAGUACGGGUGGCACCUGCCCAAGGACCGGUUCGAGGAGUUCUCGGUGUUCAUCCCGAAGGAAGAGGUGGUGUUUGGCGGGGUCCGGAUCGGCGACGUGCUGGGGGCGAUACCGCCGUCGGAGGUGCGGCGGAUGCGGGAGCUGGUGCUGGAGAUGGCACCGAGGGUGAUGUACCGGCGGCACGGCAGCUCUGAUGGGCUGCGGGCGAGGAAGGACGCCGUGGAUCUGGCCAUCGACGGGGUGCUCAGGAGGGUCCGCCGCCGGGUGCGGGUGCUCGAGGAGGGGGAUCCGGAUCUGCUCGUCUACGACGACGACGACGUCGACCACUGGUCUUAGGAUGGACGGUCUGCUUUGAUCGGAUCUAAGGUUUUUUCUUUUCUUUUUUUUUUCCCCUCCUGUAGUCUCUUUUGAGACACAGAUUUUGUCCUUGUUGGUUACAUCAAUGCUUCACUCAUCAUGACAAAAUUGAGCAAAUCUAAUAAGAUCCCAGCGCAAAAAAUGUU